CACUCACUACUCACUUGUACUUCAUGCAUCAAAAGUUGUACAUACACCCCCCUCUGGACAAAGCAAAAAACAUCUCCUCGUACUCUAUAUUAACCCAUGAACCAAACCCUGUUGUGUUUCAUACAUUUCACACUAGCAAACCUACAUGGACACUCUAUAUGCUACUGCUAUGAACAACUACAUCAACGGUUACAACCACCAUACUGUUCAACCAACUAUCUACCUGACACCCAUGCAGUAUCAUCAGGACCCAUCGCCGUCAAACACUGUCGACGGCGAUGGGUCAUGCCUCCAGAAUCCAUCGUCAUCUGCUGUGGACGAUGGGUUCUACAACCAGGAUCCAUCGCCACUAGCAGCUACAGUUGGCGGCGAUGGAUUUUACAGCCAGGAUCCAUCGCCGUUAGCUGUUGACGGCAAUGGGUUCUAUGACCAGGAUGGUCAUCCAUCGCCGUCAGCAGUUGUUGUUGACAGCGAUGGGUUUGAGAACCAGGAUCAUUACGAUUCUGUUCUCAAGUUCCUGACUCAAAUGUUAAUGGAAGAAGAUGAGUUACAAGUAAAACCAUGUAUGUUGAACGAGUGUUUGUCGCUACAAGCGACGGAGAGAUCGUUGUACGAUGUUCUCGUCAACAAUCAGCCAGCGAAUUCGUUGGAUAGUUUCGUCGGAGCCACGAGCAGUGAAGACAGCAGUACGAUUACUAUCUGUGGUGGUUAUUAUAGCAGAAAGAGAAGCCCUGAUCGAGAAGAAGAACGAGGAACGAAAAUGGCAACUGUCUCGGAUCCUGAAUCCGAUCAACCUGAACCGUACGAUGAAGAUCUGCUGCUGUAUGAUCACGAGCCACAACAGUUUAGCUCAACUGCAUUAGCGAAAAAGAUGAACGAAUCGUCGAAAAGAGGACGACCACGAGGGAAGAAGAACACCAUCACUCAAGAAAUUGUUGUUGAUUUAAGGGAUUUGCUGACUCAAUGUGCUCAAGCAAUCACAAACAACAAUCCCAGUUCUGUUUGUGAUUUGCUGACCCGAAUCAAGCAGCAUUGUAACCCGAAUGGCGAUUCAACGGAAAGAUUGGCGUAUUAUUUCGUGACAGCGAUCGAAGCCCGGUUAGCGGGAAACGGGGCCGAGGUUUACCGAUUAGCGAGUCUGAAAAAGAUAUCAGCUGCACAGAUCUUGAAAGCUUACCAUGCUUACUUAAUGUCAUGCCCUUUUCAUCGGAUGUCGAAUAUUUUAGCUAACGGGUCGAUCGAGAAGCUAUCAAAAGGGGCGGAUAAGCUACACAUUAUCGAUUUCGGGAUCUUAUACGGGUUCCAAUGGCCAUGUUUUAUCAAGAAUCUGUCCAUGCGGGCCGGUGGCCCGCCCACGCUUCACAUCACCGGCAUAGAUCUUCCACAACCCGGGUUCCGCCCAGCCGAGCGGGUCCAAGAAACCGGUAAACGUCUCGCGAAAUAUUGCAAGCGGUUUAACGUACCGUUUAAGUACACCGAGAUAGCAAAGAAAUGGGAGGAGAUAACGGUCGAUGAUCUAAACAUUGAUCGAAGUGAGUUGACCGUCGUCAACUCGGUUAACCGGAUGCAUAACAUUCUCGACGAGACGGUUAUAGAGAACAGCCCUAGGGAUGCGGUCUUGCAGUUGAUUAGACAGAUCAACCCGGACAUGUUUAUUCUCGGGAUUCUCAACGGGACCCACAACGCCCCGUUCUUGCUAAACCGGUUUAGAGAAGCCCUUUUCCAUUUCUCAACAAUGUUCGACAUUUUCGACAACACGGCGGCCCGAGAAAGUAAAGAGAGGUUGUUAUAUGAGCAAGAGGUGUUUGGAAGGGAAGUGAUGAAUGUGGUAGCAUGCGAAGGGACCGCUCGGGUUGAGAGGCCCGAGGGGUACAAGCAGUGGCAGUCGCGGAACGUUCGGGCCGGGUUCAAGCAGGUCCCGUUGUACCGCGAUAAAGUGGAGGAAGUGAAGAGUAAAGUGAGGUCUAAUUACCAUAAAGAUUUUCUUGUGGAUGAAGAUGGUAAAUGGAUAUUGCAAGGAUGGAAAGGGAGAGUUCUUUUUGCAUGUUCUUUAUGGAAACCUGCAUAACUAAUGUAGAACCCCUUGCAUUUUUAUUAUUCAUCAUGUCUUUAUUAUUUCUUUUUUUAUUAUUAUUAUUAUUAACUAGAGUUUGAAUCAAGUUCAGAAGUUCUGAAGUAUUUCAUGUGGAAAUGCAUACUUGUGUUACAAUAUCA